AUGUCUUCGGAUAUUUCAGAAGAAGAAGCAAAGACCGAAAUAAUUUUUGAGACCGUGGUCGAGGAGAGUUCCGAAGAACCUCCAAUGGAUGAAUGGUCUUCUCUCGUAAUGGAAGACGCUUCAGAAAAUCCCAAAAGGGUUUUGUAUGAACAAGGGCUUUACACAAUUGGAAGCGGGGAAAUAUGCGCCAAGUAUAUAUCUCAGUCCGACAGUUCGGUGUUGCGACAUCUCUAUUAUAACUAUCCCGCUGUACUUGAUCCUGGCAUCGAGAAAUCUCUUCUUGAACCUGAAGAGAAGGUCAUUUAUACAGACGAUGGACAAAAUUUAUACAUGGCAUUAUGUAAAGAAAUGAAUCAAUGUCCAGUUCGCUCAUUUCAUAAAAAUUUACUUAGUGACACGAUCGAUCUGAGAUAUUAUUGUAUUAAUCCCUAUGGGGUUCGAGCCAUGGCUAUGGCACUUCGUUAUAACAGAACUGUUACAACAUUAAUCUUAACUGAUAACUUCUUAAACGAUGACGCCUGCUUUCAUUUAAGUGAAAUGCUAACUACUAAUUCGACACUGAAGGAAUUGGUUUUGGCUGGUUGCAAGAUUGGUUCGAGUGGUGCCAAACAACUUUUUUCAGGAUUGCACCUUAACCGAGGCCUGAGAACUUUAAAUUUGAACCGAAAUAAUAUAAAAGAUCCCGGAUUCGAACACAUUGCUGCAGCAAAUUUUCGAGGCUUAGAUCUUGAAAAGCUUUUAUUGAGUUACAAUGGAAUCUCUGGUAAAUCUGCCAAUAUCUUUUCAGAAACUCUUGAAACUUACAAUAAAUUAACGCAUAUCGAUCUCUCCUGGAAUAAUCUUUUCGCCCCCGUUGUCGGGACAGUAAACCUUCUCAUGCUUCUGGCGCAAAGUAAAGUUUUACAGGAAUUGAAUUUAUCUUGGAAUUCUUUGUCUGGGCCCCGUAUUGGAACAGCUCUUAAACAAAUCUUGAGAGCUCCUAAAUUGAAUGUGUUAGACCUAAGCAAUAACAAAUUAUCAGGAGAGGCUAUUGAAAUUUUCAUUGGAUACUUGGGUAGAGCGAAGAAAUUAGUCACUCUUAAUUUAUCUUAUAAUCCAAUGACACCAGAAGACGCUUUAAAAGUGCUUAACAAAAUGAAAUUUAACGCUGUGAAAGUCCAGAAUAUUUUAAUGGAAAAUGUAUUUGUCGAUGGAGAGUUUCUAUUAUUAUUAAAACAAAUUAAAAGUAUGAAAACGAGAAAAAAUACUGUUAUAACGUAUGGUGGUAUUAUAGGAGGGUUCGAACCAGAAGGGCCAGAUAUGAGGGAUUUGGUAUUAAAUCGCAUGGAAUAUUUAACGACGAGGGUCAAGAAACAGAAAGUGGAUCUCUCCCUCGUCGUCAUGCAGAUGGUUAAAGACAAUUACGACAUAAUGCCUGCGAAAGUAUUUCAAGAUGCCAUAGCAGCUACCGAGGCUCCCGUUGACAGUAAUUUAAUAGACGAAAUAAUUAAUACUUUCCCAGGUCCGAAGACUCCUAAAACAAAAACGAUACGUUUAAAACUACUUGUUGAUUUUAUUAAUCGAAAAUGGCCUCACAAAAAAUUGCCGCCUACUCCCCCGCCAGAGCCCGAACCGGAACCUGAACCGGAACCGGAACCAGAACCCGAACCCAAGAAGAAGGGAAAGGGGAAGAAAAAAUAA